UUGAACCUGUUUCCGGUCGCUUUAACCAAUCAAAUUUCUUCCUUUUCCAGAAUGUUGCACUGCGCAUGAACCGGUAAACAAGAUGUCAGCGCCCAUGAAUUAGAUUUUAUUUGUUAUGAUUUUCUCGUAAUAUACUUGCACUAACAGACAGCAUUAUGAGCAGGUUUAUUUAUCGAGAAAGUUAUGGAUCGUCGCCAGAGGUCAAAGAAUACUAUCAAUCAUCAGAUGGUUCCUUGACAGUAAUUGAUAAAUCUCCGAAAUUUACAUCAAUCUCACAAUUUUUCAGGUCAGUGUUUCUUCCUCAGGGUUAUCCUGAAAGUGUUAGUGAAGAUUAUUUAAUAUAUCAGCUAUGGGACACCAUUCAGGCUUUUGCUAGCAGUAUAACUGGAACCUUGGCUGCACAGGCAUUAUUAAAAGGUAUUGGUGUAGGAGAUGAAAAUGCUACAGUACUAGCAGCUACCAUGACAUGGCUUUUAAAAGAUGGAACAGGCAUGCUUGGAAGAAUUGUAUUUGCUUGGCUGAAGGGGAGUAAUCUUGAUUGUGAUGCUAAGAGAUGGAGAUUAUUUGCAGAUAUUUUAAAUGAUUUUGCAAUUUUCUUAGAAAUAUUAGCACCCAAUUUUACACCUAUUUUCACUCCAAUAGUUUGUACAGCCGGUGUUUGUAAGUCAAUUGUAGGUGUAGCAGGCGGGGCCACCAGGGCUGCAUUAACACAACACCAGGCUCGCAGAAAUAACAUGGCUGAUGUAUCUGCUAAAGAUGGUAGCCAAGAAACUCUAGUUAAUUUAGCUGCUUUGAUUUGCAGUUUGAUUAUAGUACCAGUUUUAACAGGAAAGGAUACACUGAUUUGGACAUUAUACAUACUGUUUACAAUGCUACAUCUAUUUGCCAACUAUUCAGCAGUAACAUCAGUUGUCAUGGAAACAUUAAAUCAAGCUAGACUCCAUCUUUUAGUCAAGGGUUAUCUAUGUAAUGGUUUGAUUGAAAAUACAAAAGUAAUAAACUAUCAAGAACCUGUAUUAUGGAGUACAAGGAGAAAAUUCAGAAUCAGUUUAGGAGUUUCAGUUCAAAAAAUAUGUAAAACACCUAAAGAUGUUGAGAUUAUGGAAAAGUUGUUUCAGAAUAAACACUAUAUGAUAGGAUUAAAUCUUAAUACAAGAUGUACUAAUAUAGUAUUAAAUGAGAAUUGUACAACAUUAGAUGAGUUAGAGGCAUGUUAUCAAGCAGAAGUUAUAGAAAUAACAUAUAAUCACAGACAUUCUAUAAAAAACAACCAUCAAAUUGAAUUAAAUUCCAUUAUUGAUGGAUUUAAUGAAAGUGAUGUUUUAAAGAUUUUACAAUACUCUCAGGUGUUUACUCAAAAAACUUUUACAGGUUUUAUCGAUAUUUUAAAAUCUGAAAAUUGGGAAACUAAGACAGCUCUUCUGUGUGCUGAUGAAUGGAGAGCAAAGUGGGACCAUGGUGGAUUGACUGAUAAAACAUAUUAAUGAAAUAAUGACUGGAAAUUUUAUAUUUUGGUAUUAAGGAAUUAAAGAUACCUUAUGCAAGA